AUGCUCCAAUGUCCUAAAAAGUCGUCUCCCGUUCAUAGGACGGCCCUCCAUUUGGCCUCUGCCAAUGGCCACGGAGGCGUGGUGACUCUUCUUCUGGAGCGAGGCUGCCAGGUCGAUGCACAGGACAGGAAGAAAAGGACGGCGCUGAUCAAGGCCGUACAGUGCGAGGCGGAGGAGUGCGUGGACAUCCUCCUUAAAAGUGGAGCAAACGUCAACGCGGCAGAUGUGCUUGGCAACACCGCGCUCCACUAUGCGGCAUGCCUUGACACCACAUCUAUCGCGGAGAAGCUGCUGUCCCACACCGCGGACAUGGACGUGAAAAAUCAGGAUGACCUGACACCACUGUUACUUGCCAGAAGGAACAACAGGCAGCUAAUGGCAGACUUUUUAAAGGAAAAACAGGCACAUAUGCCUACAGUUGAGAAGACGAAAAGGUGA